AUGGCGUCUGUUAUGUAUAGUUUAGCCUGUCUUACAGGGCUAGCUUCGUUACUUUGUUCCUCAGCACAUAUAGCGUUAGCAAAGCCUGAGGAGCUCCUCAGCAGGCCUGAGCGAUGGGAAAGAGGGGCCAGUCAUGAGAAUCGACUGAACAUGUCAGCCUUAAAUACAGCCUUGGCCUUUGAACCCUACCGUGACCUCGCCACUAGAAGCACCGCCAAGCCUUCUGUCCAGCAGCGGCGGCCCAACAACAUCUUGUUCUCGCCUUUGGGACUGGGGUCAGCUCUGGCUCUGCUCUGCCGAGUGUCCGGGCCCGAGGGUCGGACCCAGGCCCUGGAGGCCCUGGGGGUGCCGGCCAACUCCACAGAGCAGAGAGCCGAGGCCACCAUAUCCGCUCUAACAGAUCUACAACACAGCCUCGCUCUCCAGGAGGGAGGGGGCGGAGGUGGGGUUCAGAGAGGAGCAUCCGAAGCUGGGGCAAACACUGGGAUUGGCGGUGCCGCGACAGGGGUGGGAAACAGACACAACGAGACCAGAAACAGAACUGAUGUAGAUGGGGAUGGAAGACAAAGUGAGGAUGGUGUUCACACGGCCCAGUUAAGGGUGUGGACCAGCCUCCAUGUGGAUGGAAAACCCUCAGUAGACUAUGAAACCUUUAAGUCCAGGCCUCUGAAUACCGGACCGCCUGCCUCAAACAUCAACCAUGAGACACUGAUGAAAGACUUGCAAGCCUCGGACAAACUUAUGCUCAACAAUUUUGUGUAUUUCAAAGGUCUUCUGCCGUUUGAGUGGCGCCCCACCGGUCAGCGGAGCUUCAAGCCGAACGCCACGACCUCCGCUGAGAUCGCCAUGAUGUACAGGGCCGACUCGUCCGAGGUGAUGAUGCUGUACGACACCAACUGCUCGGCCACGGUGGUGCGCGUGGCCUUCUCGGAGCGGCUGGCCUCCCUCCUCCUGCUCCCCAAAGGCGAGCUCCAGCCUCUGGAGGACUGCCUGUCCGACAGCCGCAUGAGCUUUUGGGUCAGCAACCUGAAGCCAGGGCGUGCAGAAAUCCUUUUUCCUAAGUUUCAACUAAGGGAAUCCUACAGUUUAGAAAGUCUCCUUCAGACUGCUGGCGUAACAACUAUUUUCUCACAGUCAGCCAACUUUCCUGGGUUAACACAGAAGAAAAUGCUGAAACUCAUUAAGGCUCCUCAUGAGGUUAUGAUGGAGGUAGAGGAGUCCAAGUCAGGAGAAAGGAGUAGACCGGAUAUCCAGCUGGACUUCUCUGUCCCCCAAAGAAUAACCUUCGAUAGACCAUUCAUGUUCAUAAUUUAUGAUACUCUCACAGGGCUCGUGGUGCUCAUCGGGAGAAUUAUUGAUCCUACAGAGGCUCUGAAGAUGCGCAGUAUCUUUGCUAGUUGCGCUCUGGCAGCCAUCCUGGCUGUGGCUUUGGCAGAUCACCACCACCAUGAGGGGGAGAUGUCCUGCCACAAGCUCAUCCAUCCAAACGCCGACUUUGCCUUCGCCCUCUACAAAAACCUGAAUGCCAAGGCUGCUGCUGGAAAGAACAUCUUCUACUCACCGCUUGGCAUCUCCACGGCUCUGUCCAUGCUGUCUGUUGGGGCCCGUGGCGAAACCCACGGCCAGCUUUUUAACAGCCUGGGCUACAGCAGCUUGAGCAAGACACAGGUCAAUGAGGCCUAUGAGCAUCUCUUCCACAUGCUUGGUCACAGCCAGGAGAAACAGCAGCUGGAUGUUGGCAACAUUGUGGCCGUGCGCACCGGUUUUAAUCCCCUGGAAGAGUUCCUGAAAGACACUCAGAAAUACUACUCCGGUGAGAUCAAGAGCGUCGACUUUGCUGAACCCAGCAAGGCCGCGGCUGACCUCAACAGCCUCAUUGCAAGUAAAACCCAAGAUAAGAUCAAGGAUCUGGUGAAGGAUCUGGACCCCGCAAUGGCAAUGGUGCUGCUCAACUAUGUCUAUUUUAGAGGACAGUGGGAGAAACCCUUCGAUGCCAACUUGACAACUAAGGGGGAAUUCAACGUGGAUGAGACCACCAAGGUUCAGGUGGACAUGAUGAAGAAGACGGGCCGUUUCGACUAUUAUUACGACGAUGCCAACCACACCACCGUUGUCAUGCUGCCAUACAAGGGCAACACCUCCAUGAUGAUUGUCCUGCCCCAUGAAGGGAAGAUGAAGGAAGUGGAAGGCUACAUCAACAAAGGAUACAUCACACACUGGCACGAGUCACUCUUCAGGAAUAAUGUGAACCUCUUCAUGCCGAAAUUCUCGAUCUCUGCCGAUGCCUCUCUGGGAGACACUUUGAAAGAACUAGGAGUGACGGAUGCUUUCGGAGACAAUGCUGAUUUCUCUGGCAUGUCCGAGGAGAUUAAGCUGAAAGUCGCAAAGGUAUCCCACAAAGCUGUGCUGAGCGUGGACGAAACGGGGACGGAGGCCGCAGCCGGCACCAGCUUGGAAAUCAUGCCCAUGAGCAUGCCAGAAAUUGUGACUCUCAACAGACCCUUCAUGGUCUUCAUUAUGGAGCACUCGACAAAGAGCCUCCUCUUCAUGGGCAAGAUUACCGACCCCACUGCCUAAGAAGUCACACAUUACGGUCACACUUUCAGGCAGGAGUUCAUUUUGGUAACUUAAGGCAACAUACCUCAACAUCUGAAACAGCUUUUGAGGUGUAACCAUGAUAUCAAGAGCACAGAAUAAAUGAUAAAUGACUGGAUAUGUGGGUUUUUUAAGGAACAGAUACAUCAGCAACUCUGAGAUCACUACACAUCUAAUAACAUGUCAUAUUGCAUGAUUUAUACAUAUCUCAGUAUGGCAUUGUAGACUAUAUCCCAACUCUGAGUGAUAGAAUUUAUGACUAAGACAUAUCUUGUUAUUGUUCUGUUCAUGUUUAACAGAGCUCAAUGUUAAGUGAAAUAAAGACUUGACUGAAAAAACAGUAUUCAUUUGUUAUUUUUUCAAUUUUGUAGAUCUUGCAUAAUAUGGUAAUGAUUAGUGUUUGUUAUUGUAAUCUAUAGCUUAUGUGUUUAGUUUAAAAGAA